AACUUCUUAGUUCCGAAUGUUUUGCCUUCCAGACCUUUUUCAGCCAGCACAGCGAACAGCUCAGUGUGUGAUAUGUCACCAUUGUCCACAUCUACUCACCAAGCCCUUUGAGAAGAGUGAGAAGCCAUGUGCACUGUCAGAGUACAUGGAGAAAUACCCUCUUUAUCCCAGCACUCUUCCCAGAGACUCUUUCAAACCAAAAGCAGAAUACAAGACGGCAAAGACACCCAUGGAAGGCACUUCAGUGACAAAGAGAGAUUAUGUAGCUCAUGAAGUGUUGCCACAGAAACUUAAAGAACCUGAAAAGUAUGUCAAGAGUGAUGAGAGCAUGGAUUUGACCUCUGUUUAUAAACAAGACUAUAACUCCUACCCUAUCUGUCAAGUACUUCCUUGCCUCCCCUGUGAGACAAGAGAAAUCUCCACUGCCAAGAUGAACACAAAAUCCACUUAUAAAGAUGACUAUAUGCCGUGGGAUGAACCAAAGACAGAGCUGAUCAGACCAGAUCAUGGGUACCACCCAUCAGAAGCAAAAUUUGACCACAGAACUGUUGUUCAAGAUGAGUAUUUCUUCAGGGGACCUGUUGCAACUCAAAGCUUCAAACCUCUGAAUUUGAUUCAGAAGAGCAAGGCUCCCUUUGAGAAUAUGACAAAUUAUACAGCGAAUUAUGUGCAACAUCCUCUGGAGAAACGUUACAUCCAUCAAUAUGAGAAAUACAAGCCCAAUGAGGUCCCAUUUAAUGGCCUCACUACUAACAAAAUUUCUUACAAGGGGCUGGCUGGUACACCAGCCAAAUUGGCAAAACCAUACCAGCCAAAGUUACUCCAUGAUCCAUUUUUCUCUUCAACUGAGUUUCAGGAAAAAUACAAACCCUGGCCACAGCCUCCUAUAUUUACCAAAAAACCUGCUGAAUAUGUUCCUCCUAUGGAGAAAAUGGACCUUCAUACCACUACCCAGUUACACUUCAGGCAUCUAAAUGGCAAGCCAGCCAAGGUGUGUCUACCAUUGGCCCAGAAUAAUAUAAGUACAGAACCAUUUAACAGCUCUUCAACUAUGAAGGAAGAUUAUAAGCCCUGGAUGUGCAAGAGAGUAAAGCCUAUCACUCAUGCUCCUGAGCUGAGUUUCCCAGCCAAACCAAUGGAUUUCUUGACUACCUUUCGGACUCAUUAUCUGCCUCAACCACUCAUGCUUACAAAAAGCUAUAAACCUCCAUGGCCAGGCCCUAGGCCUCACAUUCCACUAAAUGCAAAAACCAUCUAUGCUACCAGCUACACACCAAAGGGUAUUGUUAGAUGUUUAGCCUCUUACAAAAACCCGCCUGGAUAUAUCUUUGAGGGAACCAAUGCUGAUGGUCACAAACUCUAUGUCCCUGCUUCUGAAGAAGAAUGUCCACAAGGUUGCCACUGA